AUGAAAUUUUCAAAACAUAAUAUAGCCGAAGUUUCGGAGCUGAAAGGAGGAGGCAGAGAGGAAGGAAAGGGAGAAGAAGUAGGUGAAAGAAAAACGCGUGCUCAGGCACUGAAGACUUGCGGCCGUGAAGCGGGCACUAAGUCCGCGGGGCAUUCUGUGGCGCAACCGGGAUCCACCACCCCGGAAGCGCUGCAGCGCCCUGGCCUAGGCGCUUGCGCCAUUCGUCCCUGUAAGGGGACAGUCGAGGGAGAAGACGACUUCGGGAGGCCGAUCCUUAGCGGCAGGGAUCGGGUACCCGAAAUCGAGAGAGAGAGGCGACUGAGCGUGGUGCUAUCGCGCUGCGACUCGCCUGUCACCGCGACGCGCGCUGGCCGGGAGGAUGAGUCUAUGCUAGACUCGGACGACUCCUCCUGCGCCAGCAUGGUGACGGUAGGGUCGGAGAUGUCGGGAUCGAGAAGGCCGUUCCUGAAAAGGAACCGGUCGGACCCUGAGGCGGAAGACACGGACUCGCUUGGGUCGCCCCUUGAGGGGGCGGGCCAUAGAUCCAAAAGGGGAAGAGGCCGCCCCUCCUCUACUGGCAAGUAUGUCGGCCUGGCCGCAGCCAGGGCGGCAUACAACCAGGAGCUGGCCGAGAGCCUGCGGCUGGAGGCAGAGGCGGAGGUAGCAGGGAUGGCCCGGAACCUGAGGGAGGCUAGGGCCUCUUUACAGCCCAGCCCCCACCUUGCUACCCAAGAGGAGGAAGCAGAGCAGACGAGUGCUGCACUGGCCAACGUUGUGAGGACUUCGUUGGAAACCAUCACGAUGGUUGCCACCAAGUCCUCACAACUUAAGGGCACAUACGUCCGUGCCCUAAAGGAUGCGGUAAGGGGCAUUCAGGAGGCCGUGUCCCAAAUUAGGGAGCGGACGAUGUCCGAAGAGGUCAUGCGGCUGGAGGCCGCUAACUCCAAGCUCACGAGGGAAGUCGCCGAUCUGCGCCGCGACUUGCAAGAGUUGCGGCAGCGACCCUCCCAGCCUCAGAGCUCGGAGUCAAGCCUCCGGCAGAUACUGGAGGAGACAGCCCGCGCCAACGCUGAGAUGUUCGGCAACAUGCUGAACGCUCGGUUGGCCGGGAUCGAAGACCGUCUCCUCCCGGAGCCGCGUAGGAGACCUCCGCUCGCAGCGGACGUUAGAGGCGCCAAGGCCGACCCGGCUCACUCUGAGCCAGCGGGGGCCCCGGCCGCUUCCACAAGCGGUAGUGGCCGCCCCACGGCGGGACCAGGCGUAAAGCCAAAGCCCGCCAAAGAGGCUCCCACGAACAGCCAGGCCUCUUCUGCUCCCCCUUCUUCGGGAAAAAAGGGGAAGAGCAAGAAGAAGAGCCUGGCUGCACAGGAGGCAGCAGAGUCACGGCGUCAGCCUUCCUCUGCUCCAGAGGAGCUGCCCUGGACGGCAGUUGUUGGCCGAAAGGCCAAGGCCAAGGCGGCCAAAGUGGCGAAGGAGUCGCCAAAGGCCCAGUCCACGGCGCGCGCGAAGGUGAGGAUCCGCACGCCCAAAACCGCUGCAGUGACGCUCACCUUGGUACCAGGGGCCGAAGAGAGGGGCGUCACAUAUGCGUCGAUCCUCACAGACGCCAAGCAGCGUGUCCGUCUUGCGGACCUCGGGAUCGGCAGCCUGGGGUUCCGCAAGACAGCGACCGGGGCUCGCAUGCUGGAGGUCGGGGGUGAGGCCUCGGCUGAGAAGGCGGACUCCUUGGCCAGCAAGCUUAGGGAGGUCCUGAGCCCUGAGGCGGUCCGGGUCGCCAGGCCUGUGAAGCGGGCGGAAAUCCGCAUCACGGGGCUGGACGAUUCGGCCGACGCCUUUGAGGUGGCGGAGGCCAUUGCGAAGGAGGGAGGGUGCUCCUCCGACGCAAUAAAGUGCGGCAGGAUCGUGGUCGGUCCGCGGGGAGACGGCUCCCUUUGGGUAAGCUGCCCCGCCACCGCGGCCAAAAAGGUGGCCGGCUCCGGCCGGGUCCAGGUCGGGUGGACCACGGCAAGAGCGAGGCUCCUCAGCCCAAGACCUAUGAGGUGCUUCCGCUGCCUGGAGCCGGGCCACAUGGGUGUCAAGUGCACCUGUGAGUUCGACCGCAGCCAACUGUGCUUCCGCUGCGGUCAACCGAACCACAGGGCACGAGAUUGUGACGCCGAGCCUCACUGCCCAGUGUGUGAGGCUGCGGGCAAGCCGGCGUCACACUCGAUCGGGGGGACUGGCUGUGUUUCUGCGGCAAACAAGCCAAAGAACCAGGCCCCAGAGAAGAAGAGCGCCCCGAAGAAGGGGAAGCGCAAGGCCAAGAAGGCCAAGGCCAAGAGGGCCGGGGUGGAGCGGAUGGAUACCGUUCAAUGA